AUAUAUAUAUAAUUGCGCGCAAAAUUUUAAGUUGCUUUGAAAUUAGCUGUUUGAGCUAGCGCGGCUUGAGCAACUGGUUGAAUCACGGGUCCAGGUGGUCGAAGUUGGCAAGGUAGUGUUAGCAACAAUGGCUCUGUUUUGCUUUUAGCGGCGGUAUGCGUGUCCACAGAUGCUCGUUUCUAGCUGUGAUUUGAAAUAAUGCUGUGCGAUUCUGCUUUGCUUGAAGUGUACGGAUGUUACCGCACAUGUUAAAAAACUCCAGAUGUCGAACUGAAGAACUGUCUGGGCUAGUCUGGGCAGAAUGUGAGCGCUUCGACGGCGUGCCAAGAGUUCCGACUUAAGUUUCCGAAACUGACCCACGCGUGAUGCGCCGACCAGCUGCACGAAACGUUCCUGCACGGUACCACUUAAAGAUGAAGAUGGCAGCUAUGUACGCGAUAGCGUGUUUUCUCGUACUAGCUCUCGUUGCGCUCAGCUAUCGACAACUGGGGAGCUUGGCGAAGGCUUCCACUACCCUGUCGUUGGGUGUGCCAUCAGCAGCCGGCCCUCAUCCGCCUGUUUCUGUUAUUGCCAAGCAACUGCCUUUAUUGAAGACAGCUGAUGAAGGAGGGGUCGAUGAGAAGGACAAACUGAUUGCCACAAUGGAGCAGAAACUACGGGACUUGGAAGCUCGCAUCCAAAAACUUGAAAAGAAUGCACCAAAGACUUACCCUAUUGUGAAGCAGCUAGACUACAGAGAGAAGAAACGCAUCCUGGUUGCUGGUGGUGCUGGGUUUGUGGGGAGCCACCUCGUUGACUAUCUUAUGCAACAGGGUCACCAAGUCACUGUGGUGGAUAACUUUUUCACUGGCAGCAAGCACAACAUUGAACACUGGAUUGGCCAUCACAAUUUUGAGCUCAUUCAUCAUGACAUCGUCAGCCCAUUGUUCAUUGAAGUUGACUACAUCUACAACUUAGCGUCACCUGCAUCUCCUCCCCACUACAUGAUGAACCCCGUGAAGACAAUCAAGACAAACACACUAGGCACCAUCAACAUGUUGGGGUUGGCAAGACGUGUUGGUGCUCGUCUUUUGAUAACAUCCACAUCGGAGGUCUAUGGGGACCCAGCUGUACAUCCUCAGAAUGAGGACUACUGGGGCCACGUCAAUCCUGUGGGGCCACGAUCCUGCUACGACGAGGGCAAGCGAGUUGCUGAAACCCUCUGCUACGCUUAUGCCAAACAGGAAAAUGUUGAAGUCCGGGUGGCUCGUGUAUUCAACACAUAUGGGCCACGCAUGCACCUUAACGAUGGCAGGGUAGUCAGCAACUUCAUUCUACAAGCAUUGCAAGAUAAACCUAUAACCGUACAUGGCCCUGGCAAGCAGACCAGGUCAUUUCAGUAUGUCAGCGACCUUAUAGAUGGUUUGGUUGCUCUGAUGCAUGCCAACUACUCAAGACCUAUAAAUCUCGGAAACCCUGAGGAGCACACUAUUGAGGAGUUUGCGCAGAUUGUAAAAAACCUUGUUGGGGGAUCCAGCAAAAUAGAAUAUGUGAGUACUGUCAUUGAUGACCCCCAGAGAAGAAGACCUGACAUUACACGUGCCAAGAAAUACCUUGACUGGGAACCAAAAGUGCCACUUUUAGAUGGCCUGAGGAAAACCGUGGCUUACUUCAAGGAGGAAUUGACAAAGAAUAGCAAGACCUAUAAUCCGCAACUAAGUCAAAACUCCACAAAGCUAUAGUAGCACAUCCUCAUGUUCUUGUCACCAUGCUCGCAUUUGUGUUCUAUGCUUCUACAAGCUUCACAGAAUGCCAGUGCUUGGCAGUGCAAUGAAGGGACUGACAGGCUCGCCAAGACUAGUGCUGUUGUGUUGGUGAAACUCAAGUCAGCAGCACACAAAAGUGCCAUUACUUUGAACAUGUCAUUGCAAACAUGAUGUUGUAAUUUUAGUUCCUUUUACUCAACACAAGCUGUGAAAAAGCUUUCUUGCUGAUGAACAGUUUGUGUGUGUGUGUGCGUGCAUGUGUGUGCGCGUGGGUGGGUGUGCGUGUGUAAUGACAUGUGCAGAUGUUCGGUGUAGUUGAUGUGUGCAGGGGCUGUAUUCCAAGACUUUAGCAAAUAUUUUCACCUUUCUGUCACCUCCUUGGAGCUUGGGGCAUCCUCUCCAUCUGCUUGAGAACCAGGCAACAUAAAGGUUUAGGGCACUUUGUAAUUUGCAGCAUUACUUGCAGACAAUUUUCUGUAGCGAUGAAUUGAAAGCUACAGGGGCAGAGCUUUUGCACAUGUGUUACUACAUAGAGUAGUCCGGCAGAACUUGAUAUCGCCUUCGGUUUCUUGGAACAGAUACUGAAUCAGUGUAGCUUCCACAUGCGAUGGUUUAGCAUUUGUCCCAACACAGAAGAAAAAAAAAGAAAAGUCAAAUUUUACACUUAGUGGUGAUUUCGUCUCAUUUUGCCUUUUGUAAAUAAGAUGCUUUUGUUUUUUCUUUUUCAGCUUUAGCUAACGCAGAUGAGAAUCGGGAACUUUUUCAGGAGUGCGCUUACUUGUGUGCAUUUUGCUUCUGUAGCUUUCCCUUCAUUGCCACAGAAAGUUGUCUGCAAGUAUAUAGACGCCCCUAAUGUAUUUCGACAUGGAAAACUAAAAAGGCCUAUACCCUGCAGACUGGUAUAACGUGGUAUAGCUAUGAUAUGUCAUGGGUAGUCGUCCUCCUUUUUUUCUUUUCUUUUGAGUUCCUUUGAUAUCUUUUAAUUGUGAAUGAUAUUUAGAUGUAUAAUUGCAUUUGCAUUUGUAGCACACCAUGCAUAUUAUAAUCUUUGCUAAUUUUGUACAUCUGUCAACUGAAAGAACCUCCUCUCAGCAUUGCAUUUUCUCUUCUGUGCUGUGCUGCGAUGAAGAGUGGCAAUGUAAUCACUCGCACUGUGUGUUUCCUUGUUGUGUUCACUGCAAAUUUAGCAUUGAAGUCAGUGUUAAGGCAGUCAUGCAAUUUGGUGUGAAGCUAUUUUCAUAAACAGAAACAAGUGCGUAGUCAUUCCUGCUUGCAUGUUCUAAACUUCAUUUAAUCCUUGUCCGAGUCAUACGCACUAAUUUUCGUACUAUGUUGCUCAUAUCGGCACAUCCUUACACAACACGUAGGCUGUCCCUUCUUUUGUUUACAUGACUUCCUUGUGCAUUUUAAACCAGCACCAUAAAGUAAACAUUCAAGGAGAUGUUACUAGUCUAAGCUCUACAGUAUAAAUUUAUGAUGGUAGAAAUUUUGGCUUGAAAAUAACUAAUAAUUGUACAUCGUUUUAUUAUUUAUGUUUUACUGUGUUGUGUGCCUGUAUUAAAAUGCUGAGGAAUGUUGUGUGUGUGUGUAAAUGCAUGUGUGUGUGGUUCAGUUAUGUGUGCUGUAUGUGCUGACAAAGUUUUGCGAACGCUGCACAAUCAGCGAUGAGCUUUAAGCAGCUUAUCACACUUUGCACUUUACAUGUAUUUUGAGAUAAUUGACGCAACUCAGAAUAAGUUAUUUUACUUUUUGUCCCAUUUGUAAAAUAUACAGCUGUUAGAAUUAAACCGUGUGUCUAGCAAGUUCUCGUGAAUUAACCAAAAAUGUUACUUGCUUUUGCUGUUGAAACUUUCACACUAGUGAAAAAUCCACUGCAAGUAAACUUAGACAAGACACUUAAUAAAGUAAGUGAAAUGUGAAUGUGCUAACUAUUAGUCACUUGCCUCACUGCUUAUUUGCACUCGCAUAUGGGGCAGGGUCGCUGACUGUGUAACACUUGCUUUACUGUAUAUUGUUGCUUUGCAGUCUGCUUAUUCUGUUCUUAGUAUUCUCACUGUGCCUAAUCACGAAAAGGAACUUAGGAUUGCAUCAUAGUAGGAGUUCUAGUCUAAAAAAAUGUUGCUGCCAAAAUUCCCGAAAGAUGCAUUCAAAGAGUCACAUUAUUGGGCUUAUGUGUUGACUUUGGCACUUUGUUGAGCUUCUGAAGUUAAUCUUCUGAAGACCGGCCUUUAUGAUACCAUCAUGUAGUUUCAUAUCUGAGCACUUGAUGUGCUCAGAUAUGUAUUGUCGACAGCUAAUGCUGCCACGUUUGUUUGUGAUUUUUGGUUUUGUUUUAAUACUGCUGUGAUAUGUCUCGAAGAGAAAGACUAUAUAGGGUGUUACUUUUUUUGAGAUUAUACGGAUUUUUAUAAAAAGGCUAUGAGUGUAGCGAACGUGGCGUUUUGCAGAGGAGUUACUAGGAGAGGCGAACAUACUUUGCAGCAAAUAAAACAAGUUUCCGAAGAAUAAUAAAGACUAACAAAAGUGUGUUCACUUGCUGUUUAACCUUGGUGGCAGUUUUGAAGCUUUGGCGGAAUUAUUAGAACCUUGGGCCAUAUGGCAAACUUGAAAGCCGUCGCAUUUUAGUGCAGCCCCA